AAUUGAUAACUAGUGUUAAUUAUCUGAUGAAAAUAGAAGUGUCUUAUAGUUAAUUCAUAUUCUAUUCUUUUAAUCAUAUGUUGAUCUAACGUUCUCUUCUUAAUUGCUUGAGAAAAUCUAUUCUAACUAAGACAAUUUUCUGUCAAAAGUUAAUCGAGUUUAUCAAAUUGUAAUCUUGGGCCUUUUAAUUGUUCUUCAGGAAAAAAAACUGACCUUCAUUCACUGUCAAUACCAAUUAGUAAUUAAUUACCUGAUUGUAUUUCCAAGAUGCCUGGAACAAAUUAUAACAAGUUAAAGACCAAUUUGAGGCUUGCGAUCACGAGGCUGAAAAUGUUGGAGAAAAAGAAAACUGAAAACGCUCAGAAAGCUCGAAGAGAAAUAGCUGCUUUCAUUGCUUCCAAUAAAAACGAUCGUGCCAAGAUUAGAGUUGAGGCCAUUAUCCGAGAGGAUUAUCUAGUUGAAGCCUUGGAAAUUGUUGAAAUGUAUUGUGAUCUACUUUUAACCCGAUUUGGCCUAAUUGAGCAAAUGAAAACUCUGGAUGAGGGUUUAGCUGAAGCGAUCUCUUCAAUCAUUUGGGUCGCCCCUCGAAUCGCUGAUAUUCAAGAGCUUAAGGUAAUCGUUGACCUUUUAACCCAAAAAUAUGGUAAACAAUAUGUUAUGGCAGUUCGAGAAGGAGCAAUUAAAACUGUUGGCGAAAAUUUGAAGAAAAAAAUGUCCAUUGAAGAAUUACCCAAAAUAAUGAUUGAAAGAUACAUGAUUGAAAUUGCUAAAGCUCAAAAUGUUGAUUAUACUCCUGAUCCUGGGGUAAUGAAACAAGAUGAAAUCUAUUUGGCCGAAGAAGCCAUUGCCAAUAAACGUCCUGGUUUCCUAAUUGAUUUGGAUCCCGGUCUUGGUCCACCCCCUCUUCCUAUGGUCAAUCCAAAUGUGCCUUACGCUGGUCAACCAAUAGGUUUCCAAUAUGGUUAUGCUGUACCACCACCAGGUCAUCCAGGUCACCCCGGUAUGCCACCUAUGCCACCGCCAGGACAGCAUCCAUCUUAUGGUAAUGAAAAAGGAGCCAUCGGUGGAGGUGGGCCUGGUGUUGCCCCUUAUUUUAACCCUAAUGCCUAUGAGCCAACUGACAAAUCACCUUCCGCUCCAGCCAAUUUCCCGGAAACUCAUCCUCACCAUCCCAAUUAUGAUCCACCCAAUUACCACAGUAUGUUUCCAGACAAUCAAAACCCAAACACUAGUGGUGGUGGUGGUGGUGCUCAACCAACACCGAAACCACCGGCAACUAAUCAACCUCCACCUCCGGCUCCACGUAAAUCAAAAAUGCCAAACAAUUUGGAUGAUUUUGAAUUACCUGAUUUACCAAACGUUCCCGAUUCAUUACCCGACCUUGACAAAGAUGACAAAGGUGAUCCACCUAAUGAUGAUAACAUUGAUUUUGAUGAUUUAGCUGCAAGAUUUGAAGCACUUAAAAAGAAAAAGUAAAUUUUAAUCAAUUAAUAUUUUACAAUCAAUUGAUUAUUUAUUUAUAUUGAUAACAAAAUCUCACACAAAAUACAAAACAUCCCAAUAAUUGAUCAUUAAAUUGUAACUAAAAAUACAAUAACAACAACAUCAAAUAAUCACCAACAAGUUAAUCAAAUUAAAGCUUGAAAUUAUUGUACAACAAUUAUUAUAUACUUUUCCUACCUGCAAAUUGUAUUCUGAUGAUUAUUUUUGAUUAUUAAAAUUCAUUUAUAUUCAAA